AUGGCCGACAGUAACGCUACUGGCGAAGAGAGCGAACAGCAAAUCACAUUCAAUGUCAAGUCCUCAGCAGAUGCCAAAUACAUCAUCACUGUGCCGCUGUCGUCGAAAGUUGGCGACCUGAAGCAGAAAUUGGCCACAUCCGAAUACGCCGACCUACCACCUGAGCGGCAACGCUUGAUCUACAGUGGCCGCGUGCUCAAGGAUGCUGACACGGUUGGAAGCUGUAAGAUCAAAGAUGGCAACACCGUACAUCUGGUCAAGGGCGCAGAGAGCAAUCAGCGACAAAACCCGGCGAAUCAAGGCGGCGCAGCAUCUGUGCCAUCUGGCGCUGGUCAGCCCGCCUCAAACGUACCUACCAACAUCGCAGCUGGCUCAGGUGCCGGCAACCCUCUCGCACAUCUUACUGGCGCUCGAUAUGCUGGUUUCCAUGGACUGCCCGGUGCUGAUAUGUUCGGCGCGGACGGUGGCAUGGGCGCACCGCCGGAUGCCAACCAGAUGCUUCGUUUGCUCGAGGAUCCAAACUUUGCACAACAGAUGAACGAAGCGAUGAACAACCCGGCAGUGCUCGACCACCUUCGUAACAACCCGAUGAUCAGAGACAAUCCUGCGGCACGCGCGGCCAUUGAGAACCCCGAAAUGAGAAGACUCAUGUUCAACCCAGAAAUGAUCCGCAUGCAGAUGAGAAUGCAGGAGCAGAUGGGUGGUGGAGCAGGAGGCGGUGCCAGUGCCUUUCCUAUGCCUGGCCAGACAGACACCACCCCCGCGCCAGAUGCGGGUACGCAGAAUGAGACAGCAUCAGCACCAGGUUCGAACCCGACUGCAAACCCAGCCAACCCAUUUGCGGCUCUAUUUGGAGGUGCAGGCGCAGGUGGUGCGGCCGGUGCAGGGGCUGCAGGUGCACAGAACCCAUUAGGCGGCUUAUUCGGCAACCAGGCUCAGACGGGAGGACAGCAGAAUACACUCAAUGCUAUGACACAGCAGCUCAUGCAAAAUCCCGAGAUGAUGCGACAGAUGAUGCAAACUUUCGGAGGUGGUGAGGGUGGCGAGGGUGGCGCAGGUGGCUUCAACCCGGCGAUGUUCGGUGGCAUGGGUGGUUUCGGUGGCCAAGCUGCGCCUCAAGCACCUGCAGAUACUAGACCGCCUGAGGAGCGCUACGAGGAGCAGCUGCGGCAGCUCAACGAGAUGGGUUUCUACGACUUCGACCGCAAUGUGCAGGCGUUGAGGAGAAGUGGUGGCAGCGUGCAAAGUGCUGUGGAGUACCUCUUUGCCAACUCUUGA